CAUGUGUUUAUGUACACAGGGCAUGUACAAGGGAGAUAAUGGUGAAAAUAGAUCUUGGACUUGAAUAUGUUUACUCAUUAUUUUGAACAGACAUGCUAAAAAUAGAUAUAUUUGUGACACAGAUAUAGCCCAAUCAGUGUGACGGCCACUUGUUGGAUAGAUUCUAGUGUGUAAUAUAUCUAAGGCUUGUGAAUCGAAAGAGUAGGUUAGUGCUAGAGCUGAAUAUUCCAUAUUGAUAUAGGAAUACAAACAAGAAGAAGCUAUGACUAUACAAAGAGUUGCGGCCCUUGUUUCUUCUGGCUGGCUUCGUAAAAGUUUAUUGCAGGCCUCACGCCCUGUCCUCCUCGACACGUCCUGGGUGCCAGAGCCUCACAUCGACGGCCACAAAGAAUUUUACUCCAAGGGACACAUUAGUGGCGCCCUUUACUUUGACCUGAAGAAGAUCAGCAGCAAGCGCCCAGACUCUCCCAUCGACUGCCCCGUUCCAGACCCGAGGACAUUUCGGGAUUACGCCCAGGAGCUAGGCAUCAGGAAUGGAUCUCAUGUCGUCGUCUACGACAGCCUGAACUCCCGCUCGAGCGUACGCUCCUGGUAUUUGUUUCGCCUGUUCGGGCACGACAACGUGUCCAUGCUGAACGGUGGGAUGAAACAGUGGCAACGCGAAGGCAACGACGUCACCCGAGACCCAAGCGAGGCUCCGGAAAGAUCCGAUUUCGAGGUGAGGUUCAGAGACGAUCUGCUGGUCGAUUUCAAGGGCAUGGAGGACAUCGUCAAAAACAAGCGUGCUCAGAUCGUGGACACCAGACCGAAGUCUGGCGGCUUCUAUCCGACGGCGGAAGACAAGUCAGGCGGGCAUAUGCCUGGAGCUAAAAGCAUUCCCUUCACGGACUUUUUCAACGAAGAUGGGACAUUCAAGGCAGACCCGGACUUGAAACAGAUGAUGAUUUCCGCUGGCAUUGACAUGACCAAACCAACCGUGGCCACCUGUCAACGGGGAAUGACUGCCUGCGCCAUGGUGAUGGCGGCCUUCAAUUUGGGCAAUGAAAAGCUGCCCGUGUACAAUGGCUCGUGGUUGGAGUGGAGCGUCCUGGCAGAUCCCAAUCACGUGAUACGAGAACCUCAACGGAUGCAAACGUAAUGCUCGAGAUAUUAAUUGGAAUUCCCGUUUUUUUUUUCUGUGGUCGCACAUGUAACUUUUUUUUUUUCUGUGGUGCGCACAUGUAACUUUUUUUUCUCUCUCAAAUACAGUGUACCAUGAAGAUUGUACUGAGCCGCCACAGCUGUUUUAUUAGGCCUGUGUUUGAAUACAAUUUUGCAUGAGAAAUCCAAUAUAGAUAUUAUAAACUUUGUAUUAACAUUUCUAUUUGAAAAAGAAAAAUACUUUAAUGUGA